CCCUUACUAUCGGUUCCUAAUGAAUGUGGCGAUGAGAUGAAAAAAAAUGUUAUCCAAAAGGAAAAUGUUAUCUACUACUUGAAAUGAGGGACGGGGAGCUCGAAAACGCCGGCUGGCCAUUGCAGACUUGCAGUGCCUGAGAAAACAGGCAUGAACGUCAGCUGAGGACGACUAUACUCCCUUUUUCGCUUCGAACAUUGUCCCAACAGAGGCCAUGGCGCUUUGCUCAUUCUUCUGCUCUCGUCUGCCAAACUGCUUCAGAGGCCGAUCAUCUGUCUCUUCCUUAGCCCCCAAGCCUCGCUUUUGCCCUUCUUUCUCUCGGGCUUCCGCUUCGGCGGCCAAAGCUGAUGAAGUGCCAGCACAAGUUGGCUUUUUAGGUCUUGGAAUUAUGGGCUCACCGAUGGCUCAAAAUCUCAUAAAAGCUGGAUGUGAUGUGACUGUUUGGAAUAGGACAAAGAGCAAAUGUGAUCCUCUCAUCUCAUUGGGUGCAAAGUAUCAGUCAUCCCCGGAGGAAGUAGCUGCAUCUUGUGAUGUCACAUUUGCCAUGCUUGCAGAUCCUGAAAGUGCAGUGAAUGUUGCCUGUGGAGAGCAUGGAGCUGCAAGAGGAAUGAGUCCAGGAAAAGGGUACAUUGAUGUUUCUACAGUUGAUGGUGCCACUUCUAAAUUGAUUUGUUCACAAAUUAAAGCUACUGGGGCUCUUUUCCUGGAGGCUCCGGUUUCAGGCUCCAAAAAGCCAGCGGAAGAUGGACAGUUGAUAUUUCUGACUGCAGGCGACAGAUCUCUGUUUGAAACGGUGGCUCCACUGUUAGACAUCAUGGGGAAGUCAAGAUUUUAUCUUGGCGACGUGGGCAAUGGAGCUGCAAUGAAACUUGUUGUUAACAUGAUCAUGGGAAGCAUGAUGGCUUCUUUUUCCGAAGGAUUGCUUCUCAGUGAGAAAGUAGGACUAGAUCCCAGUGUUCUUGUAGAGGUUGUGUCACAGGGUGCCAUUAGUGCACCAAUGUUUUCAACCAAAGGCCCUUCUAUGGUCCGGUCCUCCUAUCCUACUGCAUUUCCCCUAAAGCAUCAGCAAAAGGACCUGCGGCUUGCUCUCGGGCUAGCUGAAUCUGUUUCCCAAUCUACACCAAUUGCAGCGGCUGCAAAUGAACUCUACAAGGUGGCUAAAUCCCAUGGCCUUAGUGACCAGGACUUCUCAGCUGUCAUGGAAGCUCUAAAGGUCAAAUUGCAAAACCAAUUAAAGGAUUAAAACAUCUUCUGACGUAUUAUAAUUAUUUGUUUACUUUCAUAGCUAUUCACUGAAAUAGAAAAUGUCAUCACAGUACUUUAAAUUUGUAAAAAUAUUCCAUAUAUAAAUUAAAACACUGAUUUUGCCCGAUAACCAUUUCUUUAGGCCUUUAAGGGCUUGUUUGUAAUCCAAGUGAGGAUUGGGUGGCUGUCCAUCAAGAGAUAAUCCUAAGGAUUCAUUGAUGGAGUUAACUAUAUAUGUAUAUUGAUAGAAAAAGAAGAAGAAGCAGUUAUGAGCCU